AAAAUAAACAUCUUCUGUCAAAUUCCACAAUCCUCGCGAAUACAUAAUCGAUCCGGUGCAUUUUGAAAACACUAAAAAAUCGUGCUACUUCUCUGUUAUUCCAGCGCAAAAUGUCCGCUCUACUGCAGAGCUUUCGCCGGCUAACGCUGCUCAGCAGCAGCAAUCUUGUUCCGGCCUUGGUGGGCACGACAACUACCACCAGCAACAACUUCCACACGAGCAGCACGUUGUCCAAGCAGUGGAACUCUCGCAACACCGGCCCUUCCCGAUGGCUGCAGCUAAACAAGAUCGUGUACCCGCCGCAGGCCCCGGAAGAAACGCCCCGACCAGCUUUCGUAUGCCACCAGAAAACCAACAUCAAGUACAGUCCCAAGAAGAUGUGGUACAUCGCCAGCUUCGUGCGCGGAAUGUCCGUCGAUGAGGCGCUAAAGCAGCUGUCGUUUGUGGACAAGAAGGGCGCCGCCACUAUCAAGGAGGCCAUUCUGGAAGCGGUCGAAAUGGCCGUCAAGCGAAACAACGUCGAGUUCCGGUCGAACCUGUGGGUGGCGGAAUCGUUCUGCAGCAAGGGACGCGUCUUCAAAGGUUUCCGGCGGCACGCGGGGCGGUUCGGUGAGGUCGAGUACAAGCACUGCCACUACUUUGUGCGGCUGGAGGAGGGGGCACCGCCGGCGAACUACUAUCCGGGCCGGGAGCAGAAGAGCGGCAAGGAGAUGCUGGACGAGUGGGUGGAGUCGAUGCGAAAGAGGAAGGUUAUCAAUUCGUUGUAGAGAGAGACGAUUAGUUUGUGCUGGAAAUAAAUAGAAUGAGUUAAG